GAAAAUACGAGAGACAUAUGUAUUUGAGAUGCAACAUUCCUAGAAUGGCACCUGAAGUUGGGCGAUGAGAUAGAGGAUGGCGACUUGAGAUGUUGAAACGGGAGGGGGACAGAAACAAAGUUCAUGCACGUGACCAGGAGCAACAGAAACAAUUGCUGCCUUGCGCCUAUGGCGUUCUGCCUUGUUGCCUUCUGGUCCCUCAUCUCCAGCAUUUCGGAAAUCGGAACCGGAACUGACGCCUCUCCCGACACCUCUUCCUCAUGUGGACCAGAUUUAUGUUCACGUUGCUACCUGGUACGGUGGCCUUCGACAAUCCAUCAUCUGCCAUCUUUCAGGUCAUCCUCCUCGGCUCCUAGGCUGCCAUCAUCCUCUUUGUCUUACAUUGCUAGACAUCCAUAUUAACCUCCUCCCCGUUCGUUGUGAGGAGAUAGUCGUUUCGCCGUUCUCAUUUAUCCCCUCUUCAUCCUAUCUGAUCCCCUAAUA